UCGCCUUCGAUUGCAAGAUGUUGGCAUUUUAAUUGUGUGUUCAGGUUGAGAUCGCGUCAGUCGGUCGAACGAGGAGCGGAGAGGGAAAGAGAUGGAUCCGCAAUUGGUAGAAGUGACGCAGCUCUUCGAGCGGUUCAAGGCUGCCUUGGUCAGGAGCGAUUUCGGCAGCUGCAACAAUCUUCUGUCCCAGCUGAAGGUUAUGUUGACAAAGUUUCCUAGCUUGCCGCCCUCGUUUCAGAAAACACCAAAUGCUGCCCAAGAGUUGACAAUUGCAAGAGAGAUAGACGAACAUGCUGUUGUGCUGAGUGUGAAAACUGAAGAUCAAGAUGCCUUCGAAAGAGAUUUCUUUCGACUCAAACCUUACUAUACUGAUACCUGUGGUAUGAUACCACCGUCACCCCAGCAGUACCCAAUCUUAGGUCUGAACCUUCUAAGGCUACUUGUGCAAAAUAGAAUAGCAGAAUUUCACACUGAAUUAGAACUACUUCUGCAAAAUGCUUUGGAGAACCCUUGCAUCAAGCAUGCUGUGGAGCUGGAACAAUCUUUCAUGGAAGGUGCUUAUAAUCGUGUAUUGAGUGCAAGGCAGUCUGUGCCGCAUGAUACUUAUGUUUAUUUCAUGGAUCUUCUUGCAAAGACAGUCAGAGAUGAGAUUUCUGGGUGCAGCGAAAAGGCUUAUGAUUAUUUGUCCAUUACUGAUGCCAAAAAGAUUCUGAUGUUUUCUUCUGACCAAGAGCUUUUGGAUUAUAUCUCAGAGGAACACCCGGAAUGGGAAAUCAAGGAUUGUUGUGUUUUCUUUCGGAGGGCUAAAGAAUCUCAACCUUGCACGGAAAUACCAGCACUGCAACUUAUCAACCAGACAUUAAGUUAUGCCAGAGAGCUUGAGCGCAUAGUCUGAAUGAUUUCGUUCUGGUUUUCUAAUUUCCACUGGACGGUUUAUACUCUAAAGCUUCAGAUGUAGCCAUAGAUUAAUUUGCACAUUCUAUUUGUCUUCAUCUUCUUUGAUGGAUGAGAAGAUUGGACGAAACUUGCACUUCCAAAUUCCAAACCCUUUCAUUGCGUGAUUUCUUUUCAACAA